AUUCUUUAGAAAAACUUUUUUUUUCAAUAUACUAGGGACCCGUCAAAUUUUUAAGGGUCUGAGCUACCCCUAAAAAUAUUUUUUGUUCAAAAUAAUUUUAAAUCUAGUGUUUUAGUAUUAUAUAGAACAAAUUAAAGAGGUCAGAGCAGGUUUUUCUCAAAAAAUUUGUUUUAAGAGCCACCCUAAUAGAUAUACAUUUACAGACUUUUUUGCUUUCUUAAAUCCAUACGUUUUUUUUGAAAAAGAAAAGAAGAAAAAAAAAAAAAAGGAUAAUAAAAAAAUGACUGCUGUCCCAACCUAAACUCUUAGUUGAUGUAGCAGCACUCCCUCACGGUUUGUAAAUUUAGGACCCUAAUAUCAAUGAAAUACCCUAUGAAAACCCUUUUAAGGGGGGAUAGUACAUGCCAAUGGGAGUCUAUAUUGAGUUGUUUUGAAAUCGGGGAUUAACAUCAAAAAGAAUUAUUUGAUCAUGAAGGUUUUUUAAAAGGGUUGAUUUAUGAGCCAAAUUAAGCUGCCUAUUAAUGGUUCUAAACUUUCUCCCUUAAUUUUUUUUAUAAAAUAAAGAUUGUAGCCCAUGAAACGUAAAAUGUUUAUUAUUUUAUUCAUUUUUUUUUAAAUAAUUCUUUAUUGAGCGUUUUGAUCAGUGCAAGCGUAAAAUCGAACUUUCGAAACUAACGAAAAGAGUAAACAAAUAUAUUCUGGAAAAAGGCAGUACACUUUAAGAUAGUUUUUGAAGGAAAACAUAUUUUUUUGUGAACAAAUAUUUAAGAAUUUAAAGAUGCCUACAUUUGCCAAAAACCAUGAAGAAUGUAGAAAAUCUGUUUGUGUUAUCUGUAUGAAGAAAGGUGAUCAAGUAUUGACUGAAAACUUCAAAGCUAAAAUUCUUCAACAAAUUCAGAAAGAAAUUAACUUCAAUGAUGACAGAGUACUAUUGGCGACCUGCAUCUCCUGCAGAUCUCACAUUGGAAAGCUGUGUGAUGGUAAAACAAAUGUUGUGCCUCAGAUUUAUGACUUUGAAUCAAUUUCGAUCAAGCCUCUCACUUGUUUUUCUACAGUCUGUGAGUGCUUGAUUUGUAAGAUUGCCAAACUCAAGGGAAAAGAAAGGCAUCCAUUAAGCAAGGUUCAAGAUUCAGCACCAAAAGUUCCCCAACAAUCUUCGCAAAAUGCAGAAAAGCAUUGUACUAAGUACUUGUCAGUUAUUGGUCGUGGGCUUCCUCGCUACUGCACUCCUGGAACACGCCAUGAAAAUUUGAGAAGAAUGGCUGCCUCUGAUCCCAUUGGUGCAGAGCAAGUUGCAGCAACAGUUUUGGCAUCAAAAAGUGCAUCUCCUCAUGGCACGAUCAGACUCAGUCAACCUUGUGGAAAGUUAUUGCCAUUGAGAAAAGGACCUUCAUCAGCACAGCAACUUUUCAAAGAGCCUCUCACAACGCAGAAUAUGGUUCAAAUUCAGAAGAAUAUAGGACUUUCAAACAAUGGGAUGAGAAAACUGGGAUCGGCACUAAAUCAAAUCAGUCCUAUCAGAUUGGUGGAGCCAAGUUUUCAGCAAAAAUUCGCUCAAGCAGGCCAAAAACUUUGUGAUCACUUCACUGUGAGCAGCAUCACUCUUGCUGAAAACAAUCAAAUAUCCCAAGUUGUGCAUUGUCAAAACCUCAGUAGUCUUAGUGAUAUCUUCUUAGCAUCAAGAAAGAUGACAGAUUCUGCAAUUUUGAAACUAGGGAUUGAUGGUGGAGGAUCUUUUUUGAAAGUCAGCUUCACACACAUCAUUGUGGAUGAAGGUGAGACACCGCCACAUAGCCCACUGCAGAAAACAAUCAAGUUGAUGUCUCCACAAACAACUAAAUCAAUAAGUGUCAAGCAGCAACUACUGGUAGCAAUUGCACAAAACACUCCAGAGAACUACCAUAAUGUGAAGGUAAUUUUUGACCUCAUCCAAGUACAAGAGAAAUGUCAGAUGGAUUCUCUGGUCAUAUCAUGUGACCUAAAGUUGGCAAAUAUUCUGUGUGGCAUUCAAUCCCAUAGCAGCAAACACCCAUGUUGUUGGUGUGAUGUUUCGUCUUUAAACCUCCAAAACUGUGGAAGUCCUCGAACUUUUGGCGAGAUUAGGAGACAACAUUUUGAAUUCAUUAACGCAGGAGGAGAUACAAGAAAAUCAAAGGAGUUCAAAAAUGUCAUUCACGUACCAUUGGUUGAUUUUCCUGAUCACAAGCUUGUGCUUGAAGCUAUCCCUCCAAUGGAGCUCUAUUUGUUACUUGGAGUAGUAAACCAUUUGUAUAAAAAUCUUUGCAAAAUUUGGCCAGGGGCCGAGAAAUGGCCAGCUUCACUUCAUAUUCCUAUUCAGCCCUACCAUGGUGGACAUUUCAAUGGGAAUGACUGCAUGAAGCUCUUGAGAGGUUUAGACAAGUUGCAAUUGGUCACAGGAUACAACAAUUUUAGUCAAGCUCAUGACUUCAUGCAAACACUUGCACUAUUUAAGGAUGUGGUCAUUUCUUGCUUUGGCAAUAAUAUGGAUCCUGAUUAUGAAUCGAAGAUCUCCAAGUUCAAACAAAGCUACAUCCGACUACCCAUUUCAGUUACUCCAAAAGUACAUGCAGUGUUUUACCAUGUACCUCAGUUCAUCAAAAUCAAGAAAACAGGAUUGGGUCUCUUCAGUGAGCAGGCAACAGAAGCUCUGCACUCCAAUUUCAAAGUUCAUUGGGAGAGAUACAAACGAGAUUCCUCACAUCCAGACUAUGCCAGCCAACUCCUGAAGUGUGUGAUCGAAUACAACAGCAAGAAAAUCUAGAUCUAAAGAACAGUGUUAAAAAAAUCCUAAGAAUACUCUUAACAGAUUUGUAAUAUUUUAGUGCCUUUAUUUUGUUCCAGAUGAUUCGUCUCUAGAGAGCAUUAUAAUUUUUAAUGGAAUUAUAGAAAUUGUUGUUUAUCUUCUAAAUGCGAUCAAUAAGAAAAUAAAUGAAUAAAAUAAAAAAGCUCCCAAUUUAUGUUUUUAACAUUUUUUGUUUUAUGAUAAAAAAUCAGAAAUGUAUUUUUGUACUACAAAUAGGCUGCCAAAUGUUGCUUAAAAUUCUUAUUUUCUUCAAACCUUCAAGGUAAAAAAUCUCCAUUGGAUGUUAAUGCAGGAUUUCAAAAUCACUCUGUAUGGCCAUCCAUUGUUAUGUACUAUCCCCCCUUAAAAGGGUUUUCAUAGGGUAUUUCAUUGAUAUUAGGGUCCCAAAUUUACAAACCGUGCCCUUGCAUGUUCCACCUUCUACAUAAACACACGUCUAAUUUUUGAAGCACUUUUCUUUAAAGAUGUAUAAUAUUAGGGAUCUUGCUUAAGGGUCUUGAGUUUGAAUUAAAAAAACUUUCUUAAAAUUUUUUUUAUCAAAUUUUUUUUUAUUAUAUAGAACACAUUUAGCAUGUGUGAUAUUAAAUUUUUGUAAAUUUCUGGUUUUUUGAACUACUCUAAAA